CCUAUAUUCUACCUCUCAGCAAAAAACAAGUAUCAGAAAUAAAUAACCUAAUAGCUUUAUGGACCAAGGGCAAUUCCAAGAUGCUUCCAAGAUACUCAACCUAUCAGCUUUUCUACAAAAAAGGCAGCCUUCAGGCUCCGAUAGUAGGGAACAUGCUCGAGGCUAGAAUGCUCACAACUUGGAUAAAGCUUAUAUCAAGAGAUAUCAUGUGGGCCAAGAUAAAAAGAUCAAGGAUUACAAAAUCUUUACAGAAUAAAAAAGACAUCACAAUUUUGCAAGCCUUUGCAGAAAAUCCUAUAAGAAUCAAAGCCUGGCCAUCAAAAUGGAAACCUUUCAUACAUGCAUGGAGUAAAGUGGAGGGUGCAGUUUCCUCCCUUACACC